CCACCAUCGCAGCUCCCUCAGCCUGCCAGCACUCUGUGUGCACGAGCCAUCGCUGCGCCGCCUAGCGUCACACUGCCUGCUUCGUCCGCUCCGCUCGAUAGCCAGUCGACGUCCUGCGUGCACGAGCCCGAGCGCAUAGGUCGCUCUGCCUUCUGGGCCUGUCCGCCGCUGCUCGCGCCCAGUAUCCUGUGCUUCGCGCCCUCGUCGCCUCGUCUGACCAGCGCUCGCCAAUGCACACGUCUGCGCAGAUUUAGCCUCGCCCCGCUCCUUCUCCAGCCAUGUCUUCGAGCGAUGUGAAGCGCCUCGUGCAGAUGGGCAUCAACCGCGCCGUUGCCGUCGCUGCACUCGCCAAGUGCAAGGACGUCGAGGAUGCAGCCGAGGCCAUCUUCGCAGGCAAGUUUGCGCACAUCGCCGAGGAGUCAGACGGCGAGGGAUCGUCCCAACUUGCAGAGUCGUACGAGGAGGACGAGGACGUGGACGACUCAAUCAGCCUGGCAGACGACGACGAGGAGCUCGUCGACCCGGACCCGUACCGUGACGUGGGCCUUGUCGAGAAAGGCGCAACGGAGACAAUCAUCGAGAACGAGGACGACGACACGACGCCUGUGACGCUGGCGAGCGGCGCCGUGGCACACAAGCUCUCGCUGGCCAACUUCAUGAAGGGCCCGAGCGUCGGCGCGGAGCAGCAGCAUCUCUUCGGCCUCUACCAGCGUCUGCAGGAGGACAUUGCGUGCCCAAAGUGCCGCAAGAAGCGCACACGCACCGACGCUGAGAGCCUACUGGUGCUCUGUCCGACGAUCGACGAGUUCGUCGCCCACCUCGGCAAGAACGCGGUGUGCCAGUGCAAGUGCGGCACAGUGAUCUGCACCGCGUGCGGCGGCACCAGCACGCAGAGCGCUCCUGCCAACGAGAUCGAGGAGAUCGGCAAGAGUGAGUUCGAGGCGAAGGGCAAGGCAAAGGGCAAAGACAAGGGCAAGAGGCCGGAGAGCGCUGUGCGGCAUCCGCGUCCGACAGGCCAAGCUACGUCGACGGCCGAGCUCGCCGAGCUCUCGCUGCUCGCGGAUCCAGCACUGCUGCACUGCGGCGAGAUGCAGGCGGUGCUGCUCGGCGCCGGACUGGCGCACAUCGAGCGAGCACUCGAGACGCAGGACGGGAGCGACACGCCGAGCUCCAACGGCGGGCAGAAGCGUCCGCGUUCCGACUCUGCUCCGCAAGCGGGCGGCUCGACGAAGAAGAAGGCCAAGGCGGGGAACAACUUUCUCGACGGCUCGACCGACGGCUCAUACGGCUCGGACGACUCGAGCGACGAAUAUGACUAUAACUACAUGCACCCAGCCGCUCACAAGGGCAACAGCAAGGGCACGGGCUACGCCGGCAGCUCGGGCGCAAAAGAGCACGGAUGGAUCGAGGCGCAGAAGAAGAAGGAGCAGGAGGCAGACUCUGCGCUGCACCUUGCGCUGAUGCAGCUGCGUCCAUACCUGCCGAUGACCUUCCGCGAGCCGAACCCGGCAAGCAGCGACUACAUGCCCGACGCCUGCAGCAUCGCCGCGAUCCGCCGCCGGCUGCUGCCCAUCGCCUCGCGCCUGCUGCGCUCAGACAGCCUGUCGGACAUGGUCGAGCGCUACGACCUCUAUUUUGAGAUGCUGCAGUGGUUCCGCACGCUCUCGCUGCACGAGUCACUGUCGGCGCUGCUUGCGCAGCCGGUCAUGCUUCGGCGUGACGUAAAGAUCAUCGAGAAGAAGAAGAAGCGCGAGCGUCACGUCACGUACGAGUGCUCCGAGGGCCCUCGCCAGCGCGCCGAAAGCAUCCUGGUGCAGACCGAGGCUUUCCUCGAGUCUAUGAAGCGCAACGAGGCCCAGAUCGAGCGCGAGCGCCUCGCCCGCCGCCGCGCAAAGGGCGGCGAUGAAGAGGAGCGGCCGCGUUCGCCGAGUCCCAUCGAGUAUGACCCGCUCUCGCAGAAGCUGGUGGCCUUCUGCGAGUCGUUCAAGCGCAACGUCGCGACCAUUGACGCCAACCUGGCCAAGACGAAGGGCGAUGCCUUCCUGGCUGCUCUGCUCGGCAACGUGACCAGCAGCAGCAGCAACGCUCCGCCGCCGGCGCACGUCGGGUCGCAGACGCGCUCGAAGACGGCUCGCAAGGCCGUGCCAACGCCCGAGGAGGCGGCGAAGGAGGCGGCAAAGGCGUACGAGGCGUGGGCCGAAGGUCAGCGCAUGGAGCACGUCGACAUGAGCGUGCCGGCUGCGGCGGUGAAGGAGGGCGAGGCCGAGGCCAAGCCGACGUGGCGCCACGUAUUCAGCAACGAGGUCAACAACGUCAACGCCAGCGACAAUCCGAAGCGCGGCCUCAUCAUCGCCAAGGAGCUGUCGGCGAUGCGCAACUCGCUGCCGAGCGGCACCAUCUUCCUGCGCGUCGACGAGAGCCGCAUCGACCUCAUCAAGGCGUGCCUCGUCGGGCCUGAGGGCUCACCGUACCACCUCGGCCUCUUCUUCCUCGACAUCUUCCUGCCGUCGGAGUACAAUCACCUGCCGCCCAAGGCGAAGAUCGUCACGACGUCGGGCGGACAGAUUCGCAUGGGCCCCAAUCUUUACGCCGAAGGCAAGAUCUGCCUGUCUCUGCUCGGCACAUGGUCCGGCCCCGGCUGGGCCAGCGGCCGCUCGACGCUACUGCAGAUUCUGCUCAGCGUGCAGUCGAUGAUCCUGGGCGUCACCGACCCCAUGACGCUCGAGCCCGGCUACGAGAAUCUCGAGGGCAGCCCCGGCUCGGUUGCGUACAGCCGCAACACGCGCCGCCAGACGGUGCGUGUGGCGAUGCUGGAGCAGCUGCAGAAUCCGCCUGCGUGCUGGGAGGACUUCGUGCCGGCCUUCUACAAGCUGCGCGCCGACGAGGUCAUCAAGCAGCUCGACGCCUGGAGCGCCGAUGACGACGGUGGCCAGCUGCAUAAAGAUGGCAUGUCGGCAGGAGGCCACGCGUACCAUCCGCAUGCAGGAGCCGGCGCCGCUGGCGCAAAGCCCGCAGCCAAGGCGCCAGUCAAGCCGGGCGUCGAGACGCCGCUGCGCACCGACAUUGCUCGUCUCAAGGAGGCCCUCGCCAAGCUGCGCGAGUAGCGAGCGCGCGUGAGGGCCGCGCAAGUUUCCCCUCUUGUUCCGUCACGAAGAGUCACCCCACCAUCAACACCAUGCCAGCGUCACCCACACCAUCAUCCCUCAUCAUUCGUCUCGGUCGCGGGCACACACACAGACUUGGGCUUUGCGCACAAAAUCACAUCUCAC